CCCCGGGGGCUGCCGCCGGGCCAACGAGGCUGCUUGAGGACACGGCCGCCGCAGCCCGGCCGGAGCGGGCGGGUCCAGGCUCCGCCCCACGACCGCCCGCCCCGCCGCCUCCCAGCCCGGGCACCCGGAGCGCCAGCCGGGGGUCCAGAGCUCAAACUUGUAUCCCUAAAAGACAGUGUUGCAUUCCAGUACCAAUGGUGAGAAGAUGAGCUGCUGCAUUUUGGACAAGCAGAAGUUUGGAAUGCUGGGACAUAAAGAACCCAUUAAGAAGCAAAUUACAGUAGUUAAGAGGAGAUGAAGAGCUGUGAAAAUUAGCUGAAGUAGAAUGGAAGCUUCAGUAAUAUUACCCAUUCUGAAGAAAAAAUUGGCUUUUCUUUCAGGAGGGAAGGACAGAAGAAGUGGCCUCAUUCUGACGAUUCCGUUAUGCCUUGAGCAGACGAGUAUGGACGAGCUGAGUGUCACACUAGACUACCUUCUUAGCAUUCCGAGUGACAAGUGUAAAGCUAGAGGAUUUACUGUGAUAGUGGAUGGCAGAAAAUCUCAAUGGAACGUGGUAAAGACAGUUGUGUUAAUGCUACAGAAUGUUGUUCCAGCUGAGGUGUCACUUGUUUGUGUGGUAAAGCCAGAUGAAUUUUGGGAUAAGAAGGUUACACAUUUCUGCUUUUGGAAAGAGAAGGAUAGACUUGGCUUUGAGGUUAUUUUAGUAUCUGCUAAUAAGCUGACUCGAUAUAUAGAACCAUGCCAACUAACAGAAGAUUUUGGAGGAACUCUGACCUAUGAUCACAUGGAUUGGUUGAAUAAGAGGCUGGUAUUUGAAAAGUUCACAAAAGAAUCAACAUCCUUACUGGAUGAGCUUGCUCUAAUUAACAAUGGAAGUGAUAAAGGAACUCAACAAGAAAAAGAGAGAUCAAUAGAUUUGAACAGCCUUCCAUCAGUUGAUCCAGAGACGGUACUGCAGACAGGUCACGAGUUACUAUCUGAAUUACAACAGCGUCGAUUCAACGGUUCAGAUGGAGGGGUGUCUUGGUCUCCAAUGGAUGAUGAGCUACUUGCUCAGCCACAGGUCAUGAAGCUACUAGACUCACUUAGAGAGCAAUAUACCCGCUACCAGGAAGUCUGCAGACAACGUAGCAAGCGCACACAACUAGAGGAGAUUCAGCAGAAGGUAAUGCAGGUAGUCAAUUGGCUUGAAGGACCUGGAUCAGAACAGCUAAGAACCCAGUGGGGAAUAGGUGAUUCAAUUAGAGCUUCACAAGCUUUGCAACAGAAGCAUGAAGAGAUUGAAAGUCAGCACAGUGAGUGGUUUGCCGUUUAUGUUGAGCUUAAUCAGCAGAUAGCAGCUCUUCUAAAUGCAGGGGACGAGGAGGACUUGGUGGAACUGAAAGCAUUGCAGCAGCAGCUGAGUGAUGUGUGUUACCGGCAGGCCAGUCAGCUGGAAUUCAGGCAGAAUCUAUUACAAGCAGCACUUGAAUUCCACAGUGUUGCUCAGGAUUUGUCUCAGCAAUUGGAUGGCUUACUAGGAAUGCUGUGUGUAGAUGUAGCACCAGCAGAUGGAGCAUCAAUUCAACAAACUUUAAAACUACUGGAAGAGAAAUUGAAAAGUGUUGAUUUGGGCUUGCAAGGCUUGCGUGAGAAAGGUCAAAGUCUUCUUGAUCAGAUUUCUAAUCAGGCAUCCUGGGCCUAUGGAAAAGAUGUGACCAUUGAAAACAAAGAAAAUGUGGACCAUAUCCAAGGAGUGAUGGAAGAUAUGCAGCUUAGAAAACAAAGGUGUGAAGAUAUGGUGGAUGUGCGACGACUGAAGAUGCUUCAGAUGGUUCAGUUAUUUAAAUGUGAAGAGGAUGCUGCACAGGCAGUAGAAUGGUUAAGUGAGCUGCUGGAUGCUCUGCUGAAGACACACAUCCGUUUGGGAGAUGAUGCUCAAGAAACAAAAGUUUUACUGGAGAAACAUCGAAAAUUUGUUGAUGUUGCACAGAGUACUUACGAUUAUGGGAGACAGUUGCUGCAGGCAACUGUUGUCCUGUGCCAGUCCCUGCGAUGUACUUCAAGGUCCUCAGGGGACACACUUCCAAGACUGAACAGAGUGUGGAAACAGUUUACAGUAACUUCUGAAGAAAGAGUGCACCGGCUAGAAACGGCUGUUGCAUUUCAUUCAAGUGCUGAAAAGAUAUUGCAAGAAUGUCCAGAGCAGCCUGAAGCUUUUAAUGAAGUGGAGCAAUUUGAUGAAAUUGAAGCAGUUGGGAAAUCGCUGUUGGACAGACUAACAGUGCCUGUAAUUUAUCCUGAUGGGUCUGAGCAGUACUUUGGGAGCCCAAGUGAUAUGGCUGCUGCAGCAGAACACAUUAGAGAGAAGAUGAAGCUAGUUAGCCUGAAAAAGCAGCAGCUGACACAACCAGAAGCCACUACCCCAGAAAGCUAAUACUGACCCUUGUCUAUGAAAUCAUAAUAGGACUUCAGUUUGUAAUCCAGCAUGCUGUUUGCAUAUUACAGAAUUUGGCAUAAUAUAUUAAAAUGCAUUUCACAGCCAUUACAAGUCUCAUCUUUUUUUUUCAAAGUCGAUAUUCUCAGCAUCUUAACACUGUACAUCUAUCAAGCCAUAAUUAACAUGCUAUGAAACCAUAGAUUCCAAGUAUCUUAUGAAAAGGAACUGUAAACUUUGCACUGAAAUUUGCUGUAAAGCUUUACCUGACCUGUCAGCUGCUUCUUGGUUAAACAGCUGAUGCAAGCUUUGAAUGGUGCUAAUUAAAGUGUUAGGAGUUCCAUAUCAUGAAAUUGUAGUUCUUUGCUUUCCCCUAUGCCCAGGUGAUGUAGUAAUUUUAGACUGUAGGCAAAGUUCCUACAGUGUAGACAGUGGUGACCUUAUAAUUUUAAUUUGUAAUUUUUUUUAAAGAUAAUUUUUAUUGUGCCAGUAUGCAACCUGCCCAUCAAAUCUUUGAUAUAUCAAAUUCAUUAAACAGAUGUUUUCCUAUUUGUAUUGAUAAUGUAUUAAAAGCUGUUUGUGCUUAAUAAAAAUCAUCUUUUUAAAAUCUAAUAUAAA